ACACAUUGACACACAACCCUUUUUGGCUACAAUAGAAAGUAAAAAUGCCUUUCGGGAAGUUGUCCUUCGAGAUGCAUAAGUUGAAAAUUUCAGAUCAUCCAAUCGAAGGAAUCAAGUUCAAUGGAACCAUAAUGGAGGAUUUAGGAGUGAAGAGGCAACCGAUGAAGCAAAAGUUCGUGCUCCGAAAACCUCGGAUCCACUGUCUCUAUGGGAAAACACGGGCUAAUGGACUGGAUUGGGUCCACAAAACUGUGAGCAUCGAGAAGGAUGAGGAGGAAUAUAAUUGGGUGAAAAUCACGGGUAGAAAUAAGGUUUCUGCCCAUGAUUACGACAUUAAGGACCUGAUAAGCGAGUGUGAAAAUCUUUCCGAAUUCCGGAAAACCGUUGACUUGAAAAAUUUAAAAGAGAUAUCUAAGGAAGAGCUUAAUCAGGUCCCAGCAGUUCAAGGGGUUUUGGGUUCCGCCAAUUCCUACGAUUUUAAAAACCUGAUAAGCGAAUGCGAAAAUUUGGAGGGCGGCCUCUAUUACGAUGGAACACCAUCUUUAAUACAAAACCCCGACGAAGUAAAUGUCGAUGAGCUGGCCUGCUACCUUGAAAAUAUGGCGAACAUACCCAAGAAACUGUCAUCCAUGGCCGAAAUGAUGUACACCUAAUGUAUAAAAGGGAUAUUGUGACCUAUUAAUUUUCGAAGAAUAAACGAAGCUUACAUAUUUUUUAA